AUGUCCGAGGGGAGCGGGUGUGAUGACGUCUGCUUCCCACGCCUCCUCAGGCCUCACGCGGGCUCGACAAUCCUCAACCACACUCUAAUUGUUCGGAGCUACGACCAGAUCAGUGUGUCCACAGAGUGCAGUUUCCAGACCGAAUCGGACUGGGACCCUCUUUCGGACACCACCUCCAUGAUGAGCUUCGACAUGGCUCAGCCAAACGGCACGACUUCACCCUUCAAAGACUUCAAGAGCUCAGAGGCGAAGAAGGGGAUGCUGGAUCGUCUCAGCCACUUCUUUAACUCCCGGAGAAAGAAGAGCCGGCAUCAUUCUGAGGCCUCCGACGCAAGCUACCCAACGUCCCCGACGUACCCGACGUCCCCCCUGUCUCCACAAUCAGUCCAGUCUCAGCAGGAGGACGACGACGGGCUGAAGACGCCGACUCCUUCCCGAAAAGGCAGCGGCUCAACGGUGCUCUGUUAUGCAGACGUCCGAGCGGGAGCGAAGGGCGGCGACGCCCUCAGCCAUAGCUCGAGUGCGUCCUCCCUGCUGGCAGACGAAGCCGAGCUCCCGUUCGCUGACAGCGACAGCAGCGGCCGGAACAGCGUGAGGGAGGUGCACAUGUGCAGGGUCAGCACGGCUGGCAAAGAAGGGAAUUCUGGGAAUUCUGGGAAUUUUGGGAAUUCUGAGAAUUCUGGGAAUGUGACCCCCACCGCUCAAGACCUUACUUCCACCCCUCCACCGAGAGCUGAUCCGGGCUCAGAACUGGGCUUCGCAGAUUCGGUGGUGGAGGAAGUGAGCAAAAGGCUGCAAGCCAGUUUGGAUGAAAACAUUUGUAAGAGCACAGAGGGGUCCGGCAAGGACAAGACUCAGACCACACUGUCGACCAUUAACAUCUCCCUCACCAAGGGGGUCAAGGCCCCAAAGUCCGUAACCUCCAUUAGCUUAGCAUCAAAGAAGGCAUCCGUGAAAGUUGGAGAGAAGGGGUACCGUACCGCGCUGAGAGGGAUAACUUUAGGCUCUCAGUCGUCCCCCUCACAACUCAUCGACUCCCCAAAGGAAGGCGGGGACUCUCGGAACGUAGAUCGGGACAACAAGAGGAGGGGUCAGGUGUUCUCUUGGGACGACUUCGACCCGCAAUGGAGCCUUUCACCUGAGAGCGAGCCAGCGCCCCGAGAUGAUCUCCACAAAGCGAUAUGGGUGGAAACACACCUGGGGCCGGAGGAGGAGUGGGAGGGGGAGGGGGAGAGAUAUAUAACGAAAGAAGAGGAGGAGGAGGGCUUCAGAGCGGACUCGCCUCCCGUGCUGGCGAUACCUGUCACAGUGAUUCCCGAGGACGACUCGCUCCCUCCGAGCCCCGCCCCCUCCGAGUCCAGUGGCAGCCUGCCGCAGUCCGCCAGCUCCUUGGCACCGACUACAAGGGAGUUCCAGGCGACCGCACCACAGCCGGGAGGGCCUGGCGCUGGCACAGGCUCCAAGCAAAGUUCCCUUAAGGACAAACGCAGAACCAGAGACAUUUGCGUCACGCGCAAGACGGUGAACCUGCCCUCGAAAAGCAAGGUUUUUGCCCACAAGGUGUUGGUGACUCCGGAGCCAGAUUUGGACGGGAGCGAGCCAGCGGAAGAGGAGCUCACCAGAGACUCAACUACAAAGACUUCAGGCACAACAGGAGAGGAACUGCUGCCAAGCCUCCAAAACAACAAUGUGGAACUCAAGGAAGUCAGCCUUCAGCCAAGUACAGACGGGACUACACACUCUGACGCAAAUACUCCUGAAGCCAUAGUUCAGGAAAAAACAGACUCCAAGGCCUCUGACAUUGAUGCCGCUUCAGACAUGUACAGAGGAAAGUCUCAAGCAGUGGGGUCUGGGUUGAGAGGCCAAGGGACCAGCCAGGCUACAGCCUUCAAACGAGGGCUUAAAGCAGAAAGUGGGCCUACCACAGCAAGUGGAGCAAAGACCCCAUCCUCAGCAGCUGGCAGCCAGACCAAAAAUGUAACAACAAAGAUGAAGGUCUCCACAGAGAGCAGGAGGGUGGGAACCUCCAGUGAUAAAACUGUUUCUAUCUUACCAACAUUAAAGGACCAGAGCAGCAGUUCCUUAAGUGCAAAGUCUAAAAUCCCCAAAAGGACAGCAUCAGAUUCUGAUAUGAAAUCAACGGUGACACCAAAUAAACCAUCGGUGACGGACACCUCUGGAUCCAAAGUGCAGAAACUACUCGGAAGCAAAGAAGCUUUGAAAACUCCACUCACUGCCACCAAAGCUGGCAGGAAACAAAGUGUUGAAGAGAAAGCUCCGUCAGGAGACAUUGCUCCCACUAAAGCAACACACAAGAUGGGAACAAAGCUUAUUCAGGAAAAACCAGACGAGCACUCCAUAAACCUGGUAAAUGGUGUGGAGAAAGACCGCGAGGAGAGGAGUGUUAGAACAGGACAGCGUUCUGACAGGGAGGCCAGUCCUGGUGUCAAACAAGGGCAAAACCGCCUGGAGAAUAAUGCCUCCUUGGUAUCGAAGAGUCGGUUGCCCGUUUCAUCGGCGACGAAUAAGACGAGCGACGAGAUAACUCAAACGAGUGGCACCGACAAUAAAAGAACAACAUCUGGUCCGUCGGAUUCAGACGGAUCCAGCACAGUCCAGAAGCAGAGUCCAGAGCAACGACAAGUGACUCCUGGCCAGAGACCCGGGAGUGAGACGCCAACCCCGCUCCCUGGAAGCCCCAAGAAAGGGAAUACGCUAGCAACCAGACCAUCCAUGCACCUCUCUAAAAGCAGCAUUAUCCAUGAAGAUAGUGGCACACCCAUCUUGGUUGUCUCUCCACCUGCCACCAAGCAAGAUAAAAAUGUCUCAUCAGAGCUCUCCAAACAGAGUGACAACAUUAAGCAUCAUAAAAGUCUGGUAAAGGAUUCCGCAGAUCCCUCAUCAUCUGGUAGCAAGCUUCCUACAAGAGGUCAGAGGAGCUCCAACAAAGAACAAUCCAGAAAACCUUCAUCGACUGAGAAUUCUGCAAGCACAUCCACAUCUAAACGGGAAGACUCGAUUCAGGACUCGAACACAGAGACAGCUGUCACAGCGUCUGAGAGUGUCGUAGCGGACCAAGUGAAGGACAAUGCCAGUGGUGACAUACUGAAAGUCAAGCCUCUGUCUACAAAGGAACAAGAGAGAGGGAUACAACUCACAGACAAUCAGUCUAGUCUCAUUGAAAACCAGCUAAAAAGAAAUGAGGCAAAGGAAUUACAGGAGAGCAGAACCAGUCCUGCAACUGAGGAGAUUUCAAAAGUCCAUCAAACGCAAAACAACAAUGCCAUUAUUUUAGAAAACUCUCAAGGAAAUGUUUCACCAGUUACAGACCCCUGUGAGGUGGCCAAGGCAGGUCCAUCUCAGUCGCCAGUUACUGAUGUAAAUAAUGCUGAGAUUGAUUGCCAGCUUGAGAACAAAACACCAACAAAGGUUAAGUCUCAGAUUCAAAGUGACAACACCACACAGGAACAAAAAACAUUGAUUUUACCAAAGAUUUGUCCAGAAGAAGUAAAAGGGAAACACAUUUUAGAGACAACAAAGCUGAUCAGUGAUAGUAAACCAGAUUCAAUCCAGGAGAGAGGCCUUCCAGAACUGAAGCUCAUCUCUGCUCAUGAAGAUGUAACUGAUAUGUCAGCCAAACCGGUUGAAAGCGGUCACUGUGACAUAAUAACUCCCUCUGAUCUGGAAGGUAGUGUUUCCCUUAAAGAAACAAAUGAGGUCACUCCUGCUAAAUUGCCAUCAAAAGACCAAGAUGCUGAGCCAACAGAAGGCAUUUCAGCCCCUACUAUGGCUGUUUCAGUUGAAGCUAACUUGCUCAAUAUAGAGCAGCAAAAAGAGUUAUUAAAGGAUCAAAGAACAAAUAUCAUUCUUAAAAAUGAUAGAUUGCCCACAUUAAGCAGAGAUUUAGUCAAAGAUGUUGAGGUGGAGGAGAAAAGUAAAAAGGAGGCUGCCAGGAAACAAGCAGAAGAUUUUGACAUUCAAACACAGAGCGUUACUGUUUGUGAAUUGACCAAGAAUGUUGAAAAUCAGCUCGACAAAGAGCCUCUUUUACGAGAAGGAGAAUUUGAAAGACAGAAGAAAGACUCAAAAUCAAGUAAAAAGCUGAACGACACAGCGGUUGAAAGCAGUGACUCACAAGAAAGUUGCAAAAAGGAGCUAAAGGACAUUACUAUCCAGGAUGACGCCGGGAAAGAAAUUACAAAAACACAGAAGCUGACAGAUCCAUCAUCAGGGGAGACGUGUUUACAGCCUGACUCAGAGGAGGGACCACAGAUGGUAGUAACGGAUGCCCUGGAAGAGAAGAAGACAGAGGCAGAGCAAGCAAGAAGUGCACUCCAUGAAAAUACGACCAGUGUGAUUGAUACAAAGCAGGAAUGUGAGAUCAUCUUAAAAGAAAAUGCAAAGAGUGGUGAUAAGAAAACCAAUCAGCAGCUCAAGACACAAACUGUGAUAAAUGAACUGGAACCCCAAAUACUUCUUACCAAGGAUCAGAAGGUUAGGGAUAAGGAAGCAUAUCAGGUGGACAAACAUGUUCAUGUUGAAGAGAAAAGUUCAACACCAGAACUAAUAGCCAUAAGCACUACAACUACGACUACUGAAGAAGAGAUUAAAACAAAGGACUUAUUGAUGAAGAAUUUACCGAAUGAAAUUUCAAAUGAGACUGUUGACUCUGAGGUUAGGAGACACAAGGAACAGAAAACCUUGAUUGUAAGAGACCAAGAUGGGAACAUUAAAAAGGGGAAAGCAGAAGAAAAUUCUAAUCAAUCAAUAGAAUCCAAAUGUGACAUAGAACAAAUACCUGUGACAGAAAAAGCUUCAGAGAAGACUAUGGAAAGACAGAUUUUACAGAUGAUUACACCUCAAGAUCUAAAAGCAGAGAUUAUAAGCACAACAAAGGUUAUAAGCACAACAACCCAGUAUGAAAAGGGGGCGGAAGAGAAGGCUGAAAUAAAGGAUUCAUCCGUUAAGAAUUUGGUUAAUGAGGCAGCAAUGACACCAGAAGCUCCAAAGAAGAUAUCAGAAAGCCAAAUUCAAGGACCAAAGGUUAUAAGCACAACAACCCAGAGUGAAAAGGGGGCUGAAGAGAAGGCUGAAAUAAAGGAUUCAUCUGUUAAGCGUUUAGUUAAUGAGACAGCAAUGACACCUGAAUCUCCAGAAAAGACUACAGAAAGACACGUUUUAGAAAUGGAUACACCUCAAGAUCUUAAAGCAGUAAGCAGUGAAACCCAGAGUGCUGAAUGUGCUCAAGAGGAGACUGUAACAAAGGAUUCAUCAGUAAAGAAUUUAUUGAAUGAGACUGGGAUUAUUAAUGCUAACAGCAAAGUUAGCAUCCAACAAGACCAGAAAUCAAAAAGUGUGGCUAAUGAUAGAGCAAUGACAUCAGAAUCUCCGAAGAAGAUAUCAGAAAGCCAAAUUCAAGGACCAACGGUUAUAAGCACAACAACCCAGGGUGAAAAGGGGUUUGAAAAGUCUGAAAUAAAGGACUUAUCUGUUAAGAGUUUGGUUAAUGAGACAGCAAUGACAUCAGAAUCUCCAAAGAAGAUAUCAGAAAGCCAAAUUCAAGGACCAAAGGUUAUAAGCACAACAACCCAGGGUGAAAAAGAGGCUAAAGACAUGGCUGAAAUAAAGGAUGCAUCUGUUAAGAGUUUGGUUGAUGAGACAACAAUGACUUCAGAAGCUCCAAAGAAGAUAUCAGAAAGCCAAAUUCAAGGACCAAAGGUUAUAAGCACAACAACCCAGGGUGAAAAAGGGGCUAAAGACAUGGUUGAAAUAAAGGAUGCAUCUGUUAAGAGUUUGGUUAAAGAGACAGCAAUGACAUCAGAACUUCCCAAAAAGAGAAGUGAAAUCCAAAUUCAAGAACCAAAGGUUAUAAGCACAACAACCCACAGUGAAAAGGGGGCUGAAAAGACUGAAAUAACUGACUCAUCAGUUAAGAGUUUGAUAAAUGAGAUGGCAAUGACACCAGAAUCUCCAAAGAAGAUAUCAGAAAGCCAAGUUCAAGGAACAAAGGUUAUAAGCACAACAACCCAGGGUGAAAAGGGAGCGAACGAGAACGCUGAAAUAAAGGAUUUGUCAGUGGGGAAUCUGGAAAAUGAGAUGGCAAUGACAUCAGAAGCUCCAAUGAAGAUAUCAGAAAGCCAAAUUCAAGGACCAAAGGUUAUAAUCACAACAACCCAGGGUGAAAAAGGGUCUGAAGAGAAGGCUGAAAUAAAGGAUUCAUCGGUUAAGAGUUUGGUUGAUGAGACAGCAAUGGCAUCAGAAUCUCCAAAGAAGAUAUCAGAAAGCCAAAUUCAAGGACCAAAGGUUAUAAGCACAACAACCCAGAGUAAAAAGGGGGCUGAAGAGAAGGCUGAAAUAAAGGAUUCAUCGGUUAAGAGUUUGGUUAAUGAGACAGCAAUGACAUCAGAAUCUCCAAAGAAGGUAUCAGAAAGCCAAAUUCAAGGACCAAAGGUUCUAAGCACAACAACCCGGAGUGAAAAGGGGGCUGACGACAAGGCUGAAAUAAAGGAUUCGUCAGUUAAGAGUUUGGUUGAUGAGACAGCAAUGACUUCAGAAGCUCCAAAGAAGAUAUCAGAAAGCCAAAUUCAAGGACCAAAGGUUAUAAGCACAACAACCCAGGGUGAAAAAGGGGCUAAAGACAUGGCUGAAAUAAAGGAUGCAUCUGUUAAGAGUUUGGUUAAAGAGACAGCAAUGACAUCAGAACUUCCCAAAAAGAGAAGUGAAAUCCAAAUUCAAGAACCAAAGGUUGUAAGCACAACAACCCACAGUGAAAAGGGGGCUGAAAAGACUGAAAUAACUGACUCAUCAGUUAAGAGUUUGAUAAAUGAGAUGGCAAUGACACCAGAAUCUCCAAAAAAGAUAUCAGAAAGCCAAGUUCAAGGAACAAAGGUUAUAAGCACAACAACCCAGGGUGAAAAGGGAGCGAACGAGAACGCUGAUAUAAAGGAUUUGUCAGUGGGGAAUCUGGUAAAUGAGAUGGCAAUGACAUCAGUAGCUCCAAUGAAGAUAUCAGAAAGCCAAAUUCAAGGACCAAAGGUUAUAAUCACAACAACCCAGGGUGAAAAAGGGUCUGAAGAGAAGGCUGAAAUAAAGGAUUCAUCGGUUAAGAGUUUGGUUGAUGAGACAGCAAUGGCAUCAGAAUCUCCAAAUAAGAAAUCCGAAAGCCAAAUUCAAGGACCAAAGGUGAUAAACACAACAACCCGGAGUGAAAAGGGGGCUGACGACAAGGCUGAAAUAAAGGAUUCGUCAGUUAAGAGUUUGGUUGAUGAGACAGCAAUGACUUCAGAAGCUCCAAAGAAGAUAUCAGAAAGCCAAAUUCAAGGACCAAAGGUUAUAAGCACAACAACCCAAGGUGAAACGGGGGCUAGAGACAAGGCUGAAAUAACGGAUUCAUCUGUUAAGACUUUGGUUGAUGAGACAGCAAUGACAUCAGAAGCUCCAAAGAAGGUAUCAGAAAGCCAAAUUCAAGGACCAAAGAUUCUAAGCACAACAACCCGGAGUGAAAAGGGGGCUGACGACAAGGCUGAAAUAAAGGAUUCGUCAGUUAAGAGUUUGGUUGAUGAGACAGCAAUGACUUCAGAAGCUCCAAAGAAGAUAUCAGAAAGCCAAAUUCAAGGACCAAAGGUUAUAAGCACAACAACCCAGGGUGAAAAAGGGGCUAAAGACAUGGCUGAAAUAAAGGAUGCAUCUGUUAAGAGUUUGGUUAAAGAGACAGCAAUGACAUCAGAACUUCCCAAAAAGAGAAGUGAAAUCCAAAUUCAAGAACCAAAGGUUAUAAGCACAACAACCCACAGUGAAAAGGGGGCUGAAAAGACAGAAAUAACUGACUCAUCAGUUCAGAGUUUGAUAAAUGAGAUGGCAAUGACACCAGAAUCUCCAAAGAAGAUAUCAGAAAGCCAAGUUCAAGGAACAAAGGUUAUAAGCACAACAACCCAGGGUGAAAAGGGAGCGAACGAGAACGCUGAAAUAAAGGAUUUGUCAGUGGGGAAUCUGGUAAAUGAGAUGGCAAUGACAUCAGAAGCUCCAAUGAAGAUAUCAGAAAGCCAAAUUCAAGGACCAACGGUUAUAAUCACAACAACCCAGGGUGAAAAAGGGUCUGAAGAGAAGGCUGAAAUAAAGGAUUCAUCGGUUAAGAGUUUGGUUGAUGAGACAACAAUGGCAUCAGAAUCUCCAAAGAAGAAAUCCGAAAGCCAAAUUCAAGGACCAAAGGUUAUAAGCACAACAACCCAGAGUAAAAAGGGGGCUGAAGAGAAGGCUGAAAUAAAGGAUUCAUCGGUUAAGAGUUUGGUUGAUGAAACAGCAAUGACAUCAGAAGCUCCAAAAAAGAUAUCAGAAAGCCAAAUUCAAGGACCAAAGGUUAUAAGCACAACAACCCAAGGUGAAACGGGGGCUAGAGACAAGGCUGAAAUAACGGAUUCAUCUGUUAAGACUUUGGUUAUUGAGAAGUCAAUGACACCAGAAUCUCCAAAGAAGCAACCCGAAAGCAAAAUUCAAGGACCAAAGGUUACAAGCACAACAACCCAGAAUGAAAAGGGGGCUGAAGAGAAGGCUGAAAUCAAGGAUUCGUCAGUUAAGAAUCUGGUAAAUGAGAUGGCAAUGACACCAGAAUCUCCAAAGAAGAUAUGCGAAAGCCAAAUUCAAGGACCAAUGGUUAUAAGCACAACAACCCAGAGUGAAAAGGGGGCUGAAGAGAAGGCUGAAAUAAAGGAUUCAUCGGUUAAGAGUUUGGUUGAUGAGACAGCAAUGACAUCAGAAGCUACAAAGAAGAUAUCAGAAAGCCAAAUUCAAGGAUCAAAGGUUAUAAGCACGACAACCCAGGGUGAAAAAGGGUCUGGAAAGACUGAAAUAAAGGAUUCGGCAGUUAAGAGUUUGGUUAAUGAGACAGCAAUGACAUCAGAAUCUCCAAAGAAGAUAUCAGAAAGCCAAAUUCAAGGACCAAAGGUUAUAAGCACAACAACCCAGUGUGAAAAGGGGUCUGAAAAGACUGAAAAACAGGAUUCAUCUGUUAAGAGUUCGCUUGAUGAGACAUUAAUGACACCAGAAUCUCCAAAGAACAUAUCCGAAAGCCAAAUUCAAGGACCAAAGGUUAUAAGCACAACAACCCAGGGUGAAAUGGGAGCUAAAGGGAACGCUGAAAUAAAGGAUUCCUUAGUUAAGAAUCUGGUAAAUGAGAUGGCAAUGACACCAGAAUCUCCAAAGAAGAUAUCCGAAAGCCAAAUUCAAGGACCAAAGGUUCUAAGCACAACAACCCAGAGUGAAAAGGGGGCUGAAGAGAAGGCUGAAAUCAAGGAUUCGUCAGUUAAGAGUUUGGUUGAUGAGACAGCAAUGACUUCAGAAGCUCCAAAGAAGAUAUCAGAAAGCCAAAUUCAAGGACCAAAGGUUAUAAGCACAACAACCCAAGGUGAAACGGGGGCUAGAGACAAGGCUGAAAUAACGGAUUCAUCUGUUAAGACUUUGGUUAUUGAGAAGUCAAUGACACCAGAAUAUCCAAAGAAGGAACCCGAAAGCAAAAUUCAAGGGCCAAAGGUUAUAAGCACAACAACCCAGAGUGAAAAGGGGGCUGAAGAGAAGGCUGAAAUCAAGGAUUCGUCAGUUAUGAAUCUGGUAAAUGAGACGGCAAUUACACCAGAAUCUCCAAAGAAGAUAUGCGAAAGCCAAAUUCAAGGACCAAUGGUUAUAAGCACAACAACCCAGAGUGAAAAGGGGGCUGAAGAGAAGGCUGAAAUAAAGGAUUCAUCGGUUAAGAGUUUGGUUGAUGAGACAGCAAUGACAUCAGAAGCUACAAAGAAGAUAUCAGAAUUCAAGGAUCAAAGGUUAUAA